ACAAUAACUCAACUCACAUUGAGAAGAGAGAAUUUUAUCUUUUAGCUGAGUUUAGGAGGGAAAAAUAAAGCUGCUAUAUAUACAUAUGUGUGCAAGAAAGUGAGAGACAUACAGAGUAAUUUCAGUGUGUAAAUUCAACAAAAUCUUUUGUUAAUAAAUAUCUUCACAAAAAAGCUCUAGACAGAACUGAAAAUGUUUGCGGCAGAGAAUGGACUUAAAGGAGACCCAAGACUCCAAGCUAUCUCUCAAGCCAUCCGUGUUGUUCCUCACUUUCCAAAACCAGGAAUAAUGUUUCAAGACAUAACAACGUUGUUGCUGGAUCAUAAGGCGUUCAAGGACACGGUGGACAUUUUUGUUGAUCGCUACAGAGACAUGGGCAUCUCUGUUGUUGCUGGGGUGGAAGCUAGAGGAUUCAUGUUUGGCCCCUCCAUUGCCUUAGCUAUUGGUGCAAAGUUUGUUCCUUUACGUAAACCCAGAAAGUUGCCAGGUGAAGUAAUUGCCGAAGCUUAUGUCCUGGAAUACGGGACUGACUGUUUGGAGAUGCACGUUGGGGCUGUACAGCCUGGUGAACGUGCAUUGGUUAUUGAUGAUUUGGUAGCUACGGGUGGGACUCUAUCAGCAGCGAUAAGACUUUUAGAACGUGUAGGGGCUGAAGUAAUCGAAUGUGCCUGUGUUAUCGGCUUGCCAGAGGUUAAGGGACAAUGCAGGCUUAAUGGAAAGCCACUAUAUAUCCUUGUGGAGCCACGUGAAAUAGAUAAUUGUUGUUAAGGUCUACGGGUUUGAUUCUGCUUGGGCUGACUUGUGGAAAAGAUGAUGCUUGAGCAAACAGGCCAUGAUAUAUGUUUUCCCUGCCAAGUUUUGGCCGACCAAGUUCGGCCCUUAGGAGGCUCAAUUGUUUAUUAUCUUGUGUACCAUUUGUAGUUUUGAACAAGCAUGGGUGAAGAAUUACCAUCCCAUAUGUUGAUUUGUUCUUAGAUAUCAUUUAGUGUCUCAGUAUAGCAUAUCUUUCAAUUCAAUGUGUACGUCUUUGUUACCAAUCUGGUAGUAGUUCUUUAAGCUUAAUCACUAUUUGGAUGGAAUAAAUUCCCCUCUUCCAUUA